AUGAGAGAGUCGUCUGCCUGGGCUAAGGGUUUCUUCUUCAGUGUCGGCGGGGAUGCAUGCGUGUUUGAUCUGCUCAAGACGAACUUCCUAUCAAACCCAUCCUCCUGUGUUGAGUUGGUCAAUCACAUCCGUCAAGCCAGCGAUCUUGGCACCUUCUCGAGCCUUUCCUUGGAAAAACAAAGGGAAGCGACACUCCAUCAUAUUCAAAAAGGAUUGGUUUUUGCUGCUGAGACUAUCCAUAACUCAUUUUCUGUUGCCCAAUCUUUUGCCCAGCUCAACGAGCUAGAGAAGAAGAAUGUUGAACUGGCCAGCAAGCUUUCUGCAGAGCAGGCCCGUUAUGAGAAGAAGACGUCUGAUUUGAGGGCGAUGAUAUCUGAGCUGAAAAGCUCCCUUAUCAAGAAGGAUUCUGCUGCUGAUUUGGCUAGUGGAAAAGAUGUCUUCUUUCAUCUUGAGCGCAAGAAUGCUGACAUCUCCCUUAGCUAUGACAAGCUCUUGGCUAGAUUUCGUGCCUACCACAAGUCUGCUAAAAAAAUCCAAGUCUGA